GUAAUCGUACUGUGAGUGCAGAAAAAUGAGUCUUCUGAAGCUAACCGGAUCCUCCUUGGCAAAGUCCGUUGCACCAAUGGUCAGCGUGACGCGAUCAUCGUCCCACUUUGUAUACACUCCGGACGCGAAAGCCCCGGUCGAGGGACCAACCCAAAAGAUGAACAUGUUCCAGGCGAUUAACAAUGCGAUGGAUAUUGCCAUGGAGCGGGACAGCUCGGCACUGGUUUUCGGAGAAGAUGUAGCAUUUGGAGGAGUUUUCCGUUGCUCGAUGGGCCUGCAGAAGAAAUACGGAAAGGAUCGUGUAUUUAAUACACCACUUUGUGAGCAAGGCAUUGCUGGAUUUGCAAUUGGGGUGUCGAACACCGGGGCUACUGCCAUUGCAGAGAUGCAAUUUGCGGAUUACAUCUUUCCUGCAUUUGAUCAGAUAGUGAACGAAGCAGCCAAGUAUCGUUACAGGAGUGGAAAUUUGUUUGACUGUGGAUCCUUAACGUUCCGAGCUCCUAGCGGAGCAGUCGGUCAUGGUGCUUGCUAUCACUCGCAGAGUCCCGAGGCGUACUUCGCGCACACACCUGGCCUGAAGGUGGUCGUGCCUCGGGGGCCAAACAAGGCCAAAGGAUUGCUGCUGGCUUGUAUCAAGGAGAAAGAUCCGUGCAUCGUUUUCGAACCAAAGACGCUUUACCGGGCAGCGGUAGAGGAAGUUCCGGUAGAAGCGUUUGAAUCUCCCAUCGGCAUGGCCGAUAUAUUGAGAGUAGGAAACGAUAUGACCCUAAUCGGCUGGGGGACGCAGAUUCACGUGCUGAAGGAGGUGGCUGAUAUGGCGAAGCAACAAUACGGAGUCAAUUGCGAGGUUAUUGAUCUUGUGUCGAUUCUGCCAUGGGACAAGGAAACCGUGUGUAAUUCCGCCAAGAAAACCGGCCGCGUUCUGAUAGCCCACGAAGCACCGCUGACCAGUGGCUUUGGGGCGGAACUGGCCGCCACCAUCCAGGAGGAAUGCUUCCUCCAUCUGGAAGCACCAAUUGCGCGCAUUACUGGCUGGGAUACCCCCUUCCCGCAUGUUUUUGAACCGUUCUACAUCCCGGACAAGUUCCGGUGCCUGGCCGGGAUCAAGAAGCUGAUCGACUACUAAUAUAGAGAAUCGGUGCAAAGUUACACAGCAUUUGUCUUCCACCAGUGAUUACACUAUAAAUCGAUAGUGACGCUCAAUCUGAACGGAUCGAAACAUGAUGCAUUUAUUAGCUUUAAGACAGAGUGGAUGAUCUUUUUACAACGAAUUUUUUGUACUAC